AUGCUCUCAUUUUUGAUAGGCCUCUGCUACAGCAUGGUAAACCUGGCCUACCGCACCAUCGACGAGGCACGCAACUUCACCGUCCCUGGUAGCCUUGAAGCAACCCCCUGGCUGGGAACCCUGAACGCCUCUGGUUGGCUGGCAGUGAUUGGUGGUCCAGUGGUUCCGUUCUUCAUAUAUCUCGGCCUGGAUUUCAUGAUGAAGCUUCGACUCCUACCGACGCAGCUGCGCACUUUCGAUGCUCGGAAGGCUAGCUGCUACUGCUGCACGGUGGAUCAUUCGGACCCUCACACGAAAACUCCCAUCUUCUGCGACCGGAAGCUGAUUAUGGAAAAGCUGACGGAGUGGUAUGGCGACCCCGAAGACUGCGAAGAUAUGGAUGUCGGUGCCGAUAGAGCGAUUGAGCAGUUCAACCACUUGGUGCGCAAGGAGCUCUCCGAUGUUUGCCUUGCGAUGAUGUCGGGCCGCGAUGUGCUGUGGCGAUACAUAUACCUCUUGAUCGGCAUGAAUUGUCAUGUCUUCACCUAUCUCCUGGGCGAUAUAGGCUUUCCCCCGGACUCGAUGGAAGGCUGGGCCCUGCAUUCGUGGAGAGUCAGAGAGUGCACCAGCUUUUGCCACAUCUUCCUGCAAAUAUUUGCAGCGGUGCCGCUGUUUUCGACAGUGUGGACUGUUGGGGCGAUAUACCUCAAAGAUCAUCAUCGGUUCAUGGCUGCUUUGAUGUUGACCCCCAUCCUGAUCGUCUUGGUGGUGGGGCUGUUCUACUAUCCGUUCCGGCUCUCUUUGAAACUCUCCGUUGACGGAAGCUUUCUGCUGCCGCUGACAGCCGUCGUGUUUGAGGCUGUUGUCCUUGUGGCAUUGAACUACACGAGCCGAUUGGCCACGGCCUCCUUCACCCGAACAGCGCUGGAGAGCGCCGAGCAGCUUCAGAACUGGCAGAGCAACAAGUCGCUCAGCCUGAGGUCAUCGGAGUCGGGACAGGACUCCAGGGGCUGGCAGGGGUUUAGGGUUUAG